GAACAUUCAGAACUUCUUCGCGUUAACGUCCGCGUAAAAUUGGCCUAUAAAUAUUAAUAUCCAUUUCUUCGAAAGUCCCCAAAUCUUUCUGCGAUCAAAAUCCAAAAUCCAAAAACCCUAGAAAAUCAAACAGCUGGGGAAUUCGAUCAACACCAUGGGCAACACGGAGAAGCUAAUGAACCAGAUCAUGGAGCUGAAAUUCACCUCCAAGUCUCUCCAGCGCCAAUCCCGAAAGUGCGAGAAGGAAGAGAAGGCCGAGAAGCUCAAGAUCAAGAAAGCCAUGGAGAAAGGCAACGUCGACGGCGCCCGGAUCUACGCCGAGAACGCCAUCCGCAAACGCACAGAGCAGAUGAACUACCUCCGCCUCGCCUCCCGCCUCGACGCCGUUGUCGCCCGCCUCGACACCCAGGCCAAGAUGACCACCAUCAACAAGUCUAUGGGCAAUAUCGUCAAAUCGCUCGAGUCGUCGCUCAACACCGGAAACCUCCAGAAGAUGUCGGAGACGAUGGACUCGUUUGAGAAGCAGUUUGUGAAUAUGGAGGUCCAGGCUGAGUUCAUGGAGAGCUCCAUGGCGGGGUCCACAUCGCUUUCGACUCCGGAAGGGGAGGUCAACAGUUUGAUGCAACAGGUGGCUGAUGACUAUGGGCUUGAGGUCUCUGUGGGCCUGCCGCAGCCGGCGGCCCAUGCCGUGCCGACGAAGGAGGCUGAGAAGGUCGAUGAGGAUGAUCUUUCCAGGAGGCUUGCUGAGCUCAAGGCUAGAGGCUGAUGUGGAAAUAUCUGUAUCGGCUUUCGGUGAGAAUUUGAUGUAUAAUGCUGGUUAUUUGGGUUUGUAGAAUUAUGAGCUCUGGUAUGAUACUGUUGGAACUGUUUUAAGACUUUAUAUUUGUGUAUAAAUUGACGAAUUAAUUCGCCAUUGGCCUUGUUGAAUAUGUGUGGUUAAUCGUUUCAUUAGUAAGAUGCUUGAAUCUGUGUGUUUUUGUUU